CGAUUUCUGUCACUCAUCCAUUGAAAAAACAGAGGAAAUUUUGAUAUUUCAUUGAAUUUUCGCCAUUCACGUACGUUUUUCGUUUCGAUUAGUAGUAUAUUUUUAAAGGUACAACGGUUUUGGUCAAAUCAUUUGCAACACCCCUAACGACCGUUGGAUACAGUUCCGGCACUUAUGGAAGCGUAGGAAAAAUCUUUCUGAAGUUUCUGCCUGUGGAUAAUUUCACAUGUGGUGGUAAGCCGGUUAUCUUCGUAGGAAACGUAUCAUAUUUUUCAAUUAUAAGUGUUACAAUUUUGAUAUACGAAAAUGCAUCAAGAAACAUUACAAUUAAUCCACAUCCUCGAAAAAACAGUUUCCCCUGACAAAACCGAAUUGGAACAAGCUUCUUCGUUCCUUGAACAGGCUGCAUUAACAAACGUCGUUCAAUUCAUAAAAACCUUAUCUGAAAUAUUAAGGCAUGGAGGAAAUAGUCCUGUGGCUCGUAUGGCUGCUGGUUUGCAGCUCAAGAACCAACUCACUUCGAAAGAUCCAGCUAUUAAAACAAAUUAUCAGAUGAGAUGGCUGAACUUUCCGGAAGAUAUACGUACUUAUGUUAAAAAGAAUGUUGUUGGAGCACUAGGAACAGAAACAAAUAGGCCAUCUUCUGCAGCUCAAUGCGUUGCUUAUAUUGCUGUGACUGAGUUACCUCAAGGACAAUGGCCGGAUCUUAUAAGUACCCUAGUAAACAAUGUAGUCCAACCUCAUUCUACAGAAAUUCAGAAAGAAGCCACUUUGGAGGCAAUAGGUUAUAUCUGUCAGGAAAUCGAUUCAGAUGUUCUUGUAACACAAUCAAAUGAUAUAUUAACAGCUAUUAUACAUGGGAUGAGAAGUCAAGAAACUUGUAACCAAGUGAGACUAGCUGCUACCCAAGCACUUCUCAAUUCUCUAGAAUUUACAAAAGCUAAUUUCGAAAAAAUUACUGAGAGGAAUUAUAUUAUGGAAGUUGUUUGUGAAACUACGCAAUCGCCGGAUUCUCAAGUGAAGGUUGCAGCGUUACAAUGUUUGGUGAAAAUCAUGUCACUUUAUUACCAACACAUGGAACCUUAUAUGGGACAAGCUCUGUUCCCUAUCACUCUGGAAGCAAUGAAAUCCGAGAACGAUGCUGUCUCUUUGCAAGGUAUCGAAUUUUGGUCUAACGUUAGUGAUGAAGAAGUCGACUUGGCAAUUGAAGAUACUGAGGCUCAAGAAACUGGCAAAACACCUUCAAGAGUUUCCAGACAUUAUGCCAAGGGAGCACUUCAGUACAUUGUACCCAUUCUUCUCCAGAAACUCACAAAACAAGAAGAACUUGACGAUGAGGAUGACUGGAAUCCCAGCAAAGCUGCUGGAGUGUGUCUUAUGCUGCUUGCCUCUUGUUGUGAAGACGAAAUCGUACCUUUCGUGUUACCCUUCAUCAAAGACAACAUCAAGUCUGAGAACUGGAGGUUCAGAGAUGCAUCUUUGAUGGCUUUCGCCUCAAUUUUAGGCGGCCUGGAGAAUACCACUUUGAAGCCAUUGGUGGAGCAGGCGAUGCCGACACUCAUCCAACUUAUGUACGAUAGUAGCGUAAUUGUGAGGGACACAGCUGCCUGGACGAUUGGCAGGAUUUCAGAGAUCAUUCCUGAAGCUGCGAUCAACGAAACCUUCCUGAAACCCUUGUUAGAAGCUCUUCUUACUGGUCUGAAAGCUGAACCUCGUGUAGCGGCUAAUAUCUGCUGGGCAUUCUCAGGAUUGGCUGAAGCGGCUUUCGAAACAGUUUCUGGAGGGGAUGAGAACGGACAGCCCGAGACUUAUCCUUUGUCCCAAUACUUCGAAUACAUCAUCCAUCGUCUGUUGGAGACGACAGACAGGCCAGACGGUGGACAGGCUAACCUGAGACCAGCUGCCUACGAGGCGUUGAUGGAAAUGGUUAAAAACUCCCCCAAAGAUUGCUAUGUGGCUGUACGAAACACCACAGUAGUCAUUCUUGAAAGACUUCAGCAAGUUCUACAGAUGGAGGCGCAUAUAACUAAUCAUAACGAUCGAAGCCAAUUCAACGACUUACAGUCUUUGUUGUGUGGUACCCUACAAUCCGUACUGAGGAAGAUGACCCCCGAAGAUGCCCCACAAAUCUCUGAUGCUAUCAUGACUGCUAUGUUGACGAUGUUCAGUUCAAACAAAAGCGGGGGAGUUCAGGAAGACGCCCUUAUGGCAGUAUCCACCCUCGUGGAAGUUCUCGGCGAAGGUUUCAUCAAGUACAUGGACGCCUUCAAGCCGUACCUGUAUCUGGGUCUGAAGAAUCACCAGGAGUACCAGGUGUGCUGUACCGCCGUCGGACUGACGGGCGACAUAUUCCGCGCCCUCAAGAUCAAAAUCCUACCGUAUUGCGACGAAAUCAUGCAGCUGCUGCUGGAGAACCUCGGGGAUCAGUCCGUUCACAGAUCGGUGAAGCCGCAGAUAUUAUCAGUAUUUGGGGACAUUGUUUUAAGUAUAGGUACAGAGUUCAGGAAGUAUCUAGAUGUUGUCUUAACAACACUGGCCCAGGCAUCUCAGGCGCAAGUUGACAGGAACGACUUCGACAUGAUCGACUACCUUAACGAGCUCAGGGAGGGCGUGCUGGAAGCUUACACGGGAAUUAUUCAAGGUUUGAAAGGCGAAGGCACGACGCCUUCUCCCGAACUGAUGCUGCUGGAGCCCCACGUCCCGUUCAUCGUCCAGUUCAUCCUGGUGGUCGCGCAGGACGCUGACCAUUCCGAGAGCACCAUCGCCGUCGCCGCCGGCCUCGUCGGCGACCUGUGCAGCGCCUUCGGCACGCCCAUGAUCCAGCUGCUCGAUCUGGAGCCCAUCAACGAGAUGCUCGCGCUGGGCAGGAGGAGCAAGCACAGCAGGGCGAAGACGCUGUCCAUCUGGGCGUCCAAGGAGCUGAAGAAACUGAAGACUAACGCCGCCGUCUCGGCCGCAGCUAGUUGAUUCUCGGAGCCUCAAAAGGAAGUAACGGGAAUUUGUCUGGGUAACAAAUGGAAACCAAACAAUAACAUUUGAGACAACUUUCAAAAUCAAACAAUAAUUUACACAUUUUCAAUUUCAAGCCAGUAACAAAAUUCGGUCUAGUCACAAUAACUAAUCCUUGUUCUAUCCCCCCCAGUUAUCAUUUUUAAGAUUACAGACAUAAAUAUGUGUAUUUAUUUAUACAAGUUUUAUAUGCCUUUUGUAUGUUCCCUAAGUAAAACAUCAAUUUUCGAAAAAGUCCAUGUGUAUUUGAGAAUCUUUGUUACAUAUGACGAAAAGAUUUUUUUUUGUGUUGAGCUUCCAUUGAAAAAUAAUGAUAGAAGUAAAUAUGCUUAGUGGGCCUUCGUGUUGUAUUCGGACCUUUCACCAUCCAUCUGAUUCUUCUAUUUCGCAUCCUUAUUAUUGAGGUUUCAUGUGUACCCUGUGACAUCUCAAGAAAAAAUUUCUAAGGGAGAACAGUGAUCAAUGUGUAUUGUGGCUGCGACCGAACCUUUAUUGACAUGGUAUUGGGUCCCAAUGACAAACAAACUAUUUGAGUGGGGGUGAAUGAUUGCGAGUAUGAACUUGCCGUGACGUUUGUGAGCGUUAAAAAGUGAUUUUCGUUGAAGAAGAAAAAAGGUACGUUUGCUAUGAAAGUCUGUUGUGGGUGGCGCUGUAUCUGAAAGUUCUGAAUGGCGUUGACUACUGCAGUUGUAAAAUUAAUCGAUGAAUCGCUUCUGAGUGAGUCUCUUCAUUCAAAAUUACAUAUCGAUAGACAAAAAUGCAUUUGGUCAGUUUGAAUUUCAUCAAAAAACGUGAAACGUGAAGAUGUUGAUCAUCUGUAAAGGUUUUCUUCGUCAAUAUAUACGAAAUAUCAGAAAAAAUUCAAACUGACCGAUUGCUUCAUCAAUAUUUCCAAUUUUCGGACUCAUUCUCGAUCCUCCAUUCGACAUAAGAGCAAUAUUGGUGCGAAAUUUUCGGAAUCUAACCUAACCGGUACAGGGUAAAGUAUAAAGAUUAAAAACUAAAUGACAAUAAACGAAACCGAAGGAGAAUCCAGAAUGGGUCCGUCGAUAGUUGAAUACCUACAAUUUCGAAGAGAUCUUAACAAGAAAAGCACAUUUUACCUCAAUUGCUAAAAGGUGCUUUUGUUGAUUCGAAUGUGUCGCAACCAAGUUCAUUGAAAACAUGUAUCUCAGGUAAUAUGAGAAUAAAAAAAUAGGUGAGUGGUAUUUUUAUGAAAGUUUUUUGUGAGGCCCGUACGUGCCUUGCCUGCGAGUUGAGUGACAGGUCUAAACUUUUUUAACGAGGACGAAUUUGCGAGGUCGCGUUAAAACAGUUCAGAAAAGGUCGGUAGAAUAAAAUAAUCUGUGAUUUGAGGAGGUUUCUAACGAUAAUGAUGCCAAAAACAAUUAUUGAUUAUUCCAUUAGUAUUUAAAAGUUACAGGAAGCCUUCUCAAUAUUUUCAUAAUUAUAAUUCCAGAUGUAAAUCGAUAUUCCUUGUAUGUGUGAUAAUUUUGACAUUAAGGUCAGCUUCGAGACUCUGGUUGCUCCAUUUCGAAAUUCGAUAAUUUUCUUUGUUUUAAAUUGAUAACGAGUAUUUUUCCCCAAAGCAAUUUUUUUUUCUCUAAAUUGGACUCGUUGGGGGAACUGUAAUUCUGGAAGUUGACUUUUGAAACAAUGGCCGAUCUCUCACUUUUGAUAGUAAUUUUUAUGGAUAUUUGUCUAUCACAGGACGAAUUUGUUGAACAAAAAGUAUCGUGUAAUGUAAGUGGCCCAUUGUUAAUGUCAAUAUGUACUAAUAAGGCUGUAUGAAUUUUUAGUAUGUAAGAGAAGCGAAUGUGAUAUUUGAAUGUUAGUAAUAUUUUUACGGAUUGUGUAGUUCUUCUACUGGCCUAACAUUUUCAGUAGCUCUUAACCUUUGAUGUUUAUUUUUUAAGGGGCAUUACUCUGUUUUUGUACAUAUUUUUUCUUGGAAUGUUCCACAUUAAAUUUUGUUUGGUCUUACCACAAUGACGAAUGUUUUUAGCAUUACACUUGAAAAAAUAAAAAAUAAAUCAACGAAAUACGAAUAAUUCAUUUCAACUCAACCCUUUGAGUGUUUUACGCUUUUUCAUGUGUAAUGUUCCCCCGAUUACACAUUUUAUUUGUAUUUAAACUAAUAUAAAAUCGAUAAAUCGUAUCUUUGGAUGUUCAAUUUAUGGCUCAUCCCAUAACGAUAUCAGGUGUUACUGUCAGAAAUAUAUUUUCGUAUUUUUGUGUACACAAUCACCUAUACUGUUUAACAUUCCAGUGUUCGUACUUGAUCAAUUGUAUUUGUUGAUAUUAUUUUCCUGAAUUCAUUCUAUUUUUCCUCGUUGAUUGUUGAUUCAAGAGGAAUUUAUUUGAAGUUAAAAGGAAAUUAUUCGAAAUUCUCGUCUUAUCGUAGCGUUUUUAUGGCAUGAAAACGUGUUUGUUAGCUGAACCAAUAUGAGAGUGUAAAAAAGGUUGAAUGUUGUGCCAUGUUCGAUUGAUUUGUAAGAGAUCUAAUGAACACCCCUUGCACAGAUGAUUAACAAUAGAUUAAAGUGUGUAAUGAAGACUGAGUAUAACUUAAUCAUGUAUAAAUAAGGUAUUAGCUCAAGUGCCGAAUAAAUGUCGGUGCGGUAUCUGUAUCACUAUUGUUAAACAUCCGUCUCGAUUAUGGAGUAGCUUAUGUUAUAAUGUUACCAUGUCUAAGGUGCCUACUGACCAACUGUAUGUAUCUCAACAUUGAUAUUUGUAUUUUCUUCGAUGGUUCUGUUACUUUUUCUGAAAGUUUAUUUUACUGAAUUAGGAUUCUUUCAAAUUUCAAUUUAUUUCAAUUUUGGGUAAUAAAAACUUGAUUUAAUCGCUUA